AUGUCUGAGCGUUGCAUGUACUUCAAGAAGAAGAGGCGCCUCAUCCCAGAGAGAACUAUCUGGAAGUAUUUUGUGCAGCUCUGCAGCGCCCUGGAGCACAUGCACUCACGCAGAGUAAUGCACCGUGAUAUAAAGCCAGCCAACGUGUUCAUCACAGCCACAGGUGAGGUGAAGCUGGGUGACCUGGGAUUAGGACGCUUCUUCAGCUCCAAAACCACGGCGGCACACUCCUUAGUGGGGACUCCUUACUACAUGUCGCCGGAGAGGAUCCACGAGAACGGAUACAAUUUUAAGUCUGAUAUCUGGUCUCUGGGAUGUCUUCUGUAUGAGAUGGCAGCGCUGCAGAGUCCGUUUUAUGGGGACAAGAUGAACCUGCUCUCCCUCUGCCAGAAGAUCGAGAAGUGUGAUUACCCCCCCCUCCCUCCGGACCAUCACUCUGAGAAGGGGCGGAUCUAG